AGAAUCGGCGGAGCGGAGCUGGUUUUCGAUCCGGUAUGGCGCGAGCCAAAAGCUUUGUUCUAAGGCAAUGAUUGCUCGCGUACGAUAGCCGCUGAGCCAUCUAUAAAAUUUUCGGAUAGGGAGUGCUGGUUGAGAAGAUCAGCAUGGCGUCGUACAGCACCGCAAACCGACUGAGCAAGCUCCUCAUGAAGGAAUACCUGAACAUGAGAUCAGACCCGCCUCAUGGUAUCGUCGUGAUUCCGAAUCAGAGGGACGAUCUCACGGAAUGGACUCUCGAAAUGUAUGGGCCAAAUGACUCGAUUUAUGCGGGGGAAGAGUUCAAACUCCUGUUCGUUUUCAACGACGAUUACCCCUUCAAACCUCCGAAGGUAAACUUCGUCCCCCCGCAAGUGCCGGUCAACCCGCAUGUUUUCUCGAAUGGGGAUAUAUGCCUAUCGAUUUUGACCAGGGAUUGGAGACCGUGUCUCAAUGUUGAGGCAGUAUGCGUAUCAAUCCAAUCGAUGCUGGCGUCCUGCAAACACAAGAAGCGACCUCCCGAUAAUGACUACUACCUGCACAUGAAGGCGACGAAUCCGGCUGCCUACAGAUGGGUUUACUACAAUGACAAAGCCUAAAAUGAGCUUCCCGUCCGUGAGCCAUCAGGCAUCGUGACUCUUGCACCGUUGCGAUGCAAACCACAGUACUUGUAAGCAUCAACGACCCGGGCGCGGGAGGGAGGAGGAAGCGCCACCCCUUAUCGUUUGGAUUCUCAUCAAUCUAGGUUUCCGCUCGUCUGUUACGUCUUACCUUUUCAUAGUGUGUAUCAUUCCGUGCAGUAUGCAGCUCCCUGUCUCGCUCAGGAAUUCCUUGCCAAAUGUGAUGAAUAAAGAGGGUUUGCCGAUUGAA